AUGGAAACUGCAAAAAACCCGGACGACAAAAUCCUCAGCUACAACGAUGUCGUCUUGCGGCGCUCGGACCUCGAAAUCCUCUCGGGCCCACAUUUCCUCAACGACCGUAUAAUUGAGUUUUACUUCAGCCACCUGGGGACCCGCUUCCCGAACAAAGAAGUCCUCCUCGUUCCGCCUUCCAUUGCCUUCUGGAUAAAAGAAUGCCCGGAUAACAAUGACCUCCUUCGGGAUUUCCUCAAACCCCUCAAUCUACACACGAGAAAGCUGAUCAUCUUCCCGGUCAACGACAAUGCUGAUGUGGAGCUGGCGGGUGGCGGGUCCCACUGGAGCCUGCUGGCGUUUGUGAGAAGGCGCUGCUCAGGUGGCGACGGUGUUUUUGUCCACCACGACAGCUAUGGGUCCCACAACGGAGAGCAUGCGAGGAGGGUUUAUUUGGCUGUGCGCAGGCACGUGGUAGGGGAGGAGGAGGAGGAGGCACGUGUGGCGGCGGCCUACGUGGAGCGGCCUAUCGAGCCGGGGCAGACGAACGGGUACGACUGUGGGGUCUAUGUGGCGGCUGUUGCGGAGGCUAUAUGCGAGUGGUGGUGGUGCCACGCGGGCGUGGGCCCCGCGGGAGGAGGGAAGGAGGAUGGACUGUGGUUUCGGGAGUUGGAUGAGAAGGUGAAGCAGUCGAGAGUGUCUCGGAUGAGGGGCGAGAUACUGGAGCUCGUGCGGGAAAUGAUGGCCGAGCGGUGA